AUUUUAUCAAUUUUUAUAUAGAUACACAAUAAUUUUAAUUUUUUAAUAGUCUUUAAAUUUAACUAAACAAUAAUAUUACUAAACUAUAUUAUUAUUGUUACGUUAAUUGUGUACUAGCUAGUAGUAGUGUGUUUACAACCACCUUUAAUAAAGUGUGUGAUAAUAAACCUAAUUUACAUUGUUAAUGUUGUAUUGAUAAAAUUAUUAAAAAUAAAAUAAUAAUAUAAUUAUGUCCGACUCAAAUAAUGACCCAGGUUCAGAUAAUGACUAUGAAAUUGAUCCUGAACAAAAGGCAGAGGCUUUAUUUUGUCUGGAUAGAUUAGAAAGUAUAUUAGCUAACACUAAAGAGAAACGUGAUCUUAAGGAGGCUAUAGCGAGAAGUUUGCUUGAUCAAUCUAAUGAUGACUCAGGGAUCACCACCGGGGACAUUUCAUUUAAUAGUGAACAUGGUAAUCAAAUACCACAAACAACACCUAUUGCCAAUGAUGAUCAGCAAGAUCAAGUUCCUAGCACUUCAAUAGAUGAUACAUUGAAUCAAGAAUUUGUUAUUAUUGAAAAUACUCAAGGUGUGCCUGAUGAAAAUGAUGAACAUGAUGAUUUUUCAAGUUUCAUUAAUAGAACAUUGGAUACUGAAUUAGAGACUAAAUUGCAAAUCAAUGCACCACAAGCUAACCAACAAACAAUUGAGCAGGAUGAAUUCACUGGAAUAUUCAAUCAACAGUUUUACAACAGCAUACGGAGAACUAAAACUAAGCAACGUGCAAGAAUCCCAUUUGAAUAUUCUGAAAAUAUUCAAGCUCAACCACAUAUACAUGAACCUGAUCCAUUUAAGCGAGUAAUAGAGCAAAUGACAGUAGGCCAUGAAAGGUCUGAAAAUAUGAGUGCAAGACCAAAUUUUAUCGAGGACGUUUCCACAAAUUCUGAAAAUGGACUGGAUACUUGUGUGAAAUGCGAGCGCACUGUUGAACUCUACCCGGAUAUCGGAUUUGCCUACUGUUCCCCAUGUGAUUACGCUUUCUGUACGAGUUGUGGGAACGCCUAUCACGGGGGACAGGACUGCCACCGGACUACCAGCCCCGCACUUAACACGCACCCAAUUGUUAGGGAAAUGGAGGCUAGACUUGAAAACGUAAGCUCACAGCGAAGGAUACGAGAGGAAAGGGCGGUUCGGGAACGGGAGAUAUUAGAGAUGGAACGACAUGAACGGGUGGCACGGGAACGGGAGAGAGUGGAAAGGGAUCUUAUCGAUAAAGAACGGGCUAUAAGGGAACAGGAGAGACGGGAAAGAGAUCGCCUGGAAAGGGAACGACAGGAAAGGGAGGUUAGGGAACAGGAGAGAGCAGAAAGGGAUCGUAUUGAAAAAGAUCGGAUCGAUAGGGAACGGGCCAUAAGGGAAGAGGAGAUACGGGAAAGGGAUCGACUGGAAAGGGAACGUCAGCUAAUGGAAAAUGAGAGAUUGGAAAGAGAGAGACGGGAACGGGAGGCCCGGGAGUUGGAAAGUAAAAGGAGACGGGAACAAAGGAGAAAGGACGAUAAGGCCUCUGAACAGCUGAUUAAGAAUUCCUGUAAAAAAUGUCCUGGGUGCAGUAAUUAUAUCGAGUCGUCGCUAAACACAUGGAUCACUUCGAGUCUCAUUCAUAUUAUAUUAAUCAGGCACAUCUGUGAUGGUAACCCGGCCAUCGAGCCAUACAUUGAUAACAAAACUCGUGAUUACACCUUGAACACAUCAUACGGUUGCAGCCCAUGCUUCUCUAUAGUGAAUAAUAGAUAUAAAUAA